GACAUUUUGGGUUAUGUUUUAAAUCGGCACAAGACCCCGAAUUUUUGUUUUAUAAUAUUGAUAAUAACUAAAUCCACAUAAAAUGGCUUCAAUAUCAGCAACAGAACAAAAAGGAAUGCAACAGAUUGAUCUCACUACAUUGAAUGUACAACAACUAUCCCAACUAAAACACCAAUUGGACAAUGAAGUAAGUCUGUUUCAAGAAUCUCUUGCGUCUUUGAAGGUAGCACAGGGCAAAUAUCAAACUUCAGGAGAAACACUGGAGAAAAUCACUGCCGAGUCCGAGGGACAAGAUAUUUUAGUACCUCUAACUGGAUCUAUGUAUGUUCCAGGUAAACUUCAUGACACACAAAAUGUUAUAAUCGAUAUUGGAACACGAUAUUAUGUAGAAAAGGACAUUGAGGGAGCAAAAGAUUAUUUUCAGCGAAAAGUCAAGUUUGUUACAGAACAGAUGGAAAAAGUGCAGUGGCUGGGUAUAGAGAAAAGCAAAAUAAGGGAAGCUGUUAUUGAAAUAGCUGAAAUGAAGAUGUCACAGCAGCAGCAGCAACAACAACAGAGCUGAAUCCUUAGAAGUAUUUAAUUUGAAUCUUUGGUAUUUAUUAUUAUUUCACAACAACACUGUGCCUAAUUUAACUGCUGUUUUGUUUCAGUUUGUAUUUAGCUUCUGUAAUAUCUAAUAUGACAUAUUAUUUAUAAAACAAACAAUUUUAAUGAAAUAUCUUUACUGAAGUGAAGGUUUUUCAUUAUUUUUUUUUAUUGUCAAAUGAUUCUAACAAGAUUAUUUUUAAAAUAAAGAAAUUA